CGUCUGUUUCUCGCCGACCGGAAGUUCGCGGGACUGUGAUACUGAACGGAAUUGUAGUCUUUGUGAACUGCAGACGCCAUGGCGGAGACGCUGCUGACCGGCGCGGACUCUGCGGAGUAUCUACGGGACGAGAAGUCUGACUUUGAUGUGGCUCCUGCACUGAAUCUGGGGGAUCUGGACAUCACCACAGAUGAGUUCAUUCUGGACGAGGUGGACAUUCACAUUCAAGCGAAUCUGGAGGAUGAUCUGGUGAAGGAGGCACUCAAGACGGGUGUGGAUCUGAGGCAGUACUCCAAACAGGUGGAGACGGAGCUGCAGCGCAUCGAACAAGCAUCAAUCAAGGACUAUAUCAAAGAGAGUCAGAAUAUAGCCUCUUUACACAACCAGAUCUCAGCCUGUGACUCCAUACUGGAGCGAAUGGAGGGCAUGUUGAGCAGCUUCCAGAGCGACCUGUCGUCCAUCAGCAGUGAGAUCCAGACACUGCAGCAGCAGUCGGUCAGCAUGAACCUGAGGCUGAAGAACCGGCAGGCCGUGCGCAGUCAUCUCAGCCAGCUGGUGGACGAGCUGGUCGUCCCCAGCACCAUGAUCUCUGUGAUUCUGGACAGUCCUGUGACGGAGCAGGAUUUUCUGGAGCAGCUUCACGAGCUCAACAGCAAGAUCAACUAUGCUAAAGAGCUCAGCUUCAGAGAAACCCUCGCCUGCUCCGAUGUACAGGACAUCGUAGAUCGCCUCAAAAUUAAAGCCGUCUCAAAGAUCCGUGAGUUCAUCCUGCAGAAGAUCUACUCCUUCAGAAAGCCCAUGACCAACUACCAGAUCCCUCAGAACACGCUACUGAAGUACAGGUUUUUCUAUCAGUUCCUGUUAGCCAAUGAGAGGACAGUUGCUAAGGAGGUCCGGGACGAGUAUGUGGACACCAUGAGCAAGAUCUACUUCAGUUACUUCAAGUCCUACAGUGGCAGACUGCUGAAAGUCCAGUAUGAAGAUGUUGCAGAUAAGGAUGAUCUGAUGGGAGUGGAGGACACAGCCAAAAAAGGGUUUUUCUCCAAGCCUUCUCUCAAGAGUAGGAACACUAUUUUUACUGUUGGCCCGAGGGGGGCGGUGCUGAGUCCUGCAGAGCUGGAGGGGCCCAUACUGAUCCCACACACUGCUCAGAGAGGAGACACCAGAUACCCGUACGAAACGCUCUUCCGCAGUCAGCACUACGCUCUGCUGGACAACGGCUGUCGAGAGUUCCUCUUCCUGUCCGACUUCUUCAUGGUGGCCGGAAACUCUGCUCUGGAUUUGUUCAACAGCAUUAUGGGAAAAACACUCAGCAUGUUCCUGAAGAGUCUGUCCACAUACCUGUCAGACUGUUACGACAGUAUUGCAGUGUUUCUCUGCAUUCACAUCAUUCUGCGCUUCAGAGCCAUCACAAUCAAGAGGAACAUCCCCGCGCUCGACAAAUACUGGGAGGCUGUGCUGGAGCUGCUUUGGCCCAGAUUUGAGCUGAUUUUGGAGAUGAACAUCCAGAGCAUUCGAAACACUGAUCCUCAGAAACUGGGUGUCCUGGACACCAGACCACACUACAUCACACGCCGGUAUGCUGAGUUCUCCUCUGCUGUUGUUAGCAUAAACCAAACCUUUCCGAACGAGAGGACCCAUACUCUUCUGGGACAGCUGCAGGUGGAGGUGGAGAACUUCGUGCUGAAGAUGGCGGCUGAGUUUCCCUCUAGACGAGACCAGCUCAUCUUCCUCAUCAACAACUACGACAUGAUGCUUGGCGUGCUCAUGGAGAGAGCGGCGGACGACAGUAAAGAGGUGGAGGGCUUCCAGCAGCUGCUGCUGGCCAGAACACAGGAGUUUAUAGAGGAGAUUCUUUCACCUCCGUUUGGAGGCAUGAUUGCGUUCGUGAAGGAGAGCGAGGCACUAAUGGAAAAAGGGCAGCUGGACAAACUCCGAAAUGAUGAAGCUCGUAUCACGCAGCUGGUGCGGGGUUUCUCCAGCACGUGGAAGCAGUCGGUGGAGGCCUUGAGUCAAGACGUCAUGCGCUCCUUCACCAACUUUAAGAAUGGAACCAGCAUCAUUCAGGGAGCAUUGACCCAACUCAUCCAGUACUAUCAUGGUUUCCAUAAGGUCCUCUCCCAGCCCACGUUUCGCAGUCUGGCAGUGCGCUCCGAGCUCAUAAACAUCCAUCAUCUGAUGGUGGAAGUCAAGAAACACAAGCCAAACUUCUGAACUCUU